UAUCUUAUGACUUUUUAUUAAUGAAUUGAUUUUACUUUAAAAAAAAAAAUUAAAAAAAUCCAUACAAUGAUACAACUCGCGAGGACGCCGAGGAGAGGGUAAAAUGGCGCGAGAAGUUCUUUUACACUCUACAAUGUCGAUCAUUCAACUUCAUCGUCUCCCACCUCCAUUUCUUCGCAUCAAAUCAAACCCUAAAAACCAAAAUGAUCUUGCUAAUAAUCUCAAUUUCAUCCUAAAAUUCCCCCAAAAAUCUUCAAUCAAACUCUCCGAUUCCCUUAACUUCUCUUCAAGCUCAUCAUCCGAUUCUCUCUCCUCUUCAAUCUCUUCCCUGCAAUCAAUCAAACCCUAUAUUCAAUCGGAAUGGAGGUUAAUCCUUCAAGGCUGGACUUGCAGUGCUAUUUCCGUGUUUUCUCUCUCUAAAAUUGUCCCUAAAGCUGGGGAGUUCUCUCUAAUUUUGGGCGAUGUUCGUUCGAUUAAACGAGAGGGUGCAAUACUUGCUUCGUUCUUUGUUGUUCGAUUGAUUGCGAAUUACUUGCAACAGGCGUUCUUGUGGGAAGCGGCGUCUAAUUCUGCUUAUAAGAUUAGGGCGUAUAUUUUCCAGAGGGUUUUGGAAAGAGAUUUAGGGUUUUUUGAAGGCGGCGACGAUCAGAGUGUUAGUAUUUCUUCUGGGGAUAUCUCGCAUAGGAUUACUUCUGAGGCUUCUGAUGUUGCUGAAACUAUUUUUGCUCUUCUAAAUACUAUAGUUCCUUGCACUCUCCAGUUAUCGGCUAUGGCAGCACAGAUGCUGGUCAUCAGCCCUGUUCUGUCAACGAUUUCUGCCUUGGUGAUUCCUUCUGUCGUACUUGCUAUUACUUUACUUGGUGCAAAGCUUCAAAGGAUAUCAAGGAAGGCACAUCAGAGUACUGCUGCUCUUUCCGCUUACUUGAAUGAGGUCCUCCCAUCAAUCCUUUUUGUGAAAGCUAGCAAUAUGGAGUGGACUGAAAGUGUUAAGUUCCAAAGGCUUGCGCAUGCUGACCUGAUCAGGCAGUUAAAAAAGAAGAAAAUGAAGGCCCUCAUUCCUCAAAUGGUUCAAGCUGUUUAUGUGGGAGGUUUGCUCACGUGUUUAGCUGGAUCGCUUGUCCUCUCCAAGGGAUUCUUCAACACUUGCAGCUUGAUAUCGUUUGUCACUUCCUCUGUUUUCUUAGUUGACCCUAUUCAGAUAAUUUUGCAGGGUGUUGGAAAAGCAUACAAUGAGUUGAAGCAGGGAGAGCCAGCUAUUGAGCGUUUGUUUGAUCUCACUAGAUUCAAACCCCAGGUGAUCGAGAGAGCGGAUGCAAAACAUGUAGAUUCCGUUAGAGGAGAGGUGAAGUUUUGUGAUAUAUCAUUUCAAUAUAAAGAUGGUUUACCCCUUGUCUUGAAUGGAGUUGACCUCCACAUUAAAGCUGGAGAGAUAGUUGCGCUUGUGGGCCCAUCCGGGGGAGGGAAAACAACGUUGGCUAAACUUCUUCUUCGCCUCUAUGAUCCUUUGCAUGGUCAUAUAUUAAUUGAUGGAAUCCAUAUUCAAUGUUUUCGGUUGGAAAGUUUAAGGAGACAUGUCGCUUUAGUGUCCCAGGAUAUUAUGCUGUUUUCAGGGACAGUUGCUGAGAAUAUUGGCUACAAAGAUCUUGUGAGAGGAAUUGACCUGGAAAAAGUUGAGCUUGCCGCAAAAACUGCAAAUGCUGAUGAAUUCAUCAGUUUGCUUCCUAGAGGUUAUGAAACUUACAUUGAAUCAAGAGGUUCAAUAUUAAGUGGGGGACAGAAGCAAAGGCUUGCAAUAGCAAGAGCAAUUUACCAGGACUCCUCGAUUUUGGUUAUGGAUGAAGCAACUUCUGCCUUGGAUAGCAGGUCUGAGCUAUUGGUGAGACAAGCUAUGGAGCGCGUGAUGAAAAAUCAUACUGUUUUGAUCAUUUCUCACCGGCUUGAAACAGUUCUAAUGGCUGAGAGAGUCCUCCUUCUAGAAGAUGGUAGGCUACAAGAGGUUGAUCCAAUGUUACAUGGAACGCGGGACGUAUGGGAACGUGGUACGGGAACGGGAACGCGGAACUCUCCAUUCAAAGUUCCCGGAACGUUGUGUUAAUUUGUUAAUUUUUUUUUUUUUAAUUUUAUAAUACAAAAUUACAGAAAAUUAAGUAAAAGCUAGUUGCACGCAACUAUAAUAAUAAAUAAAAGAGAAUAAAAAUAAUACUUUCUCCAUUUUUUAAUAAUUGCACCAUCUUGAUUUUAGCACUAUUCACAUAUUCUAAUAUAUUUAAUUUUUGUGAUUUAUAUGUAAGGAAAAAUAUAUUCAUGUGAGAUCUUGUUAGAUUCGUCUCAAAAUAUACUUUCAAAUUAUCAAAUUUUUAUAAUUUUUUAAAAUGUAUAAUGAGAGAUAUUAAUAGUUAAAAUAGUGCAUUGGCAAGCGUGAAAUCCAAGAUGGUGCAAUUAAAAAAAAAAAUGGAGGAAGUAAAAGAAUGAUUAAAGGGGAAGGGUCCACUGUCAUAAAGAUGAAGUCUCCUUUAAAGUCUAAAGUCUAAACACUCUAAUAUAUAAAGAAAUAAAGAAAUAAAUACGAAGGGGCCACAACUAUCAUUAUCUGUGCAAUCUAACAGCUGUAACUCAUUACAAUAAAUGCAGAAUCUUUUGCCAAAAAAUAUAAUAAAAUAAAUAACAUAGAAAGAAGAAACGUCUCCUUCAUCUUCUUCAAUGGGCCUCCAACGUUUUCUUCAACACCACCACCAUUAACAAAAAAUAAAGCUUCAAAUUUCUACCUACAGGGAACACCAAAAACUAAAUCAGCCCUACCAUAUAACGGGUACGCCGCCUUCGACGAACCGGUACGAGAUCCGCAGCGAACCCGGGACGAGCGAACCCGGGACGCGGAACAGGGCAACGUUCCGUGUUCCGGGUAUCACUGGGUUGAUCGUUCAAUGCUAACCAGUAGUUCCCAUGACUUGCAAUGUUCAGCUGGUCUCAUCAUAUGACGCAGAGCACAAAAGAAUUCCAUGCACUGGACUGACAGCUACGCAUUCAUGGCCACAUUAUUAUCUUCUUCUUUAACGAGCAAUUUUGGUUAUUGGCUGAGGAGAAUACUAAGGAAGUAAAUAGCAGAUCCCUAUCUGUG